CACAUUACGAGAAUAUAUUCUUCAUGAUUUUGAUAUAUACUUAUUUAUAACAAAUUGCGCAAAUCUUAUAAUUCGCUGUUUUUUGUUCACAGCUCUGUAAAGAAGAAAUAUUUUAAUUGAUAGAAAGAUGGUUUGUUUUAAAAUUUCCGCACCAGGAAGAAUUAUCUUAUCCGGAGAACACAUAGCAGCGUAUGGAAAACAGUUUCUUGCGACCAGCUUAAAUCUUUAUACCCAUCUCGAAUUCUGCGAGCUACCUAAUACACCGGAAUACAAUAUUAGAAUAGAGUUCCUUAAUGUUAAUCUAGAACAGGAUAUAUCUGUAAGAGAAAUUGAAUGCUUCCUUUUACGUGAUAAUGUUCAAGACAUGAUUUCAAAUCCAAUAAACAUGCAUGAAUACGUUAAAUACUUGAUCACCGUUGUAAAAUGUAUGUGGGCGACACCCCAACAGAGAGUUGGCCUACAAAUAUUUUUUUCUUGCUUUAUUCCAUCGCUCACCGUGAACAUCUCACGAUAAGACCUUUUUGCAUUAAAGUGUGGACAGAAUUACCACUCUGCGAUGGUCUUGGCAGUUCGACAUUGUUCGCGGUUUGUCUCGCAGGAUGCUUUCUCCAUUGGCAGCGUUUACAGAGUGGUUGUAAUCAUAUUGAAUUUAACAAUGCUGAAUUAGAGUCGAUUAUAAAAUACACUGUGUCCUGCGAAAAAAGUAUGCUAGACUAUACAUUUGCGGAGGUCGAUGUCCACGUUUGCACAUACGGCCGAAUAGUAAAAUGUCACCGUAGCGAUUACCAAAUAUUUAAUAUAGAUCCAACGGAUAUGGCAGAAAUGAAAAUUUUACUGAUCAAUACCAAUUUUCACCUAAAUAAGUACACACGAGCGGAACAAAUGGCAACGCUGAACGCUAGGACUGUCGAUUUUCGUUCCAUAUUACUUGAAUUAGAAAUCGUGGCAUUAAAAAUGUAUCAAAAUCUUGAGUCACUAAGUAAAAUUAUCAGACAGGGCCAUUUAUUUAGAAUUCCUCGUGAAUACAAUUUAACGAUUUCUCAAAUGAUGUUAUGCAUUGAUAAUAAUCAACAAUUGUUAAAUAAACUUCAUUUGUCGGCUGAGACAAUUGAAUAUGUUUGCAAUAUUGCAAGGAAGUAUAAUUUAGCGGGAAAACUUACAGGUUUUGGAGGUAAUUAUGUAUUCGUGCUGAUACCACCGAACGUUACUGAUGAACAAAUCAGUAAUUUUACGGAGCAGUUGAGUGCAAACGGUUUCAAGAUCCAAACUAGGACCACCAUCAAUUGUAGUGGAGUGAGAAUUGAUUGAUUAUAUUAAACUUACCGCAAUUAUAAAUGAUUAAAUUGUAACAACAACCCAAAACCUUGUAAAAGGAUGUGAAAAGAUUAUUCGGAAACAAAAUUUCUAAAUGUUUAAUUUUUCAUUAGGCAAUAACGUUACAUAAUUCAUGAGCGUAAAUUAUUAAACACGAUGCAAAUCUCUAAAUUAUCGCAUGUUUUACUUUUUAACACAUAGAGAAAAAAUUUAAUUAAGUUAAACAAAAAUAAUA